AUGUCAAGGCGUCUCCCCCACAACAUCUUAAUAAUUGGGUGGUGCUCAGUGCACCGAGUGCGGACAGAUCGAAAUGCUCGGACUUUGAGUAUAAAUCACUCUCCAUCCAAGCGGCAUGCUCGCGGAAGCGACGUUGAUACUGUUAAAUGGGCGCGGGAACAUGGGGAAAUCUACCAGAUUUGGCAGGGCACUGAGAGAUGGGUGGUCCUGAGCUCCCCAGAAGCCGUUAAAGAAGUCUUUGAUAAAGCUACCCUUCGGGUGACCAUGGAUGUUCUCUCCGGUGGCUAUCGGAUGCUUUUCAUGCCAUAUGGUAAGCACUGGCGUGCUGUUCGAAGCGUGGUACAUCAAUGCCUGACGACCAAAAACGCCGACAAGAUGAAAGCCCAACAAAACCUGGAAUCUCAUCGAUACCUGUACGACAUCUUGACCGAUCCCGACAACUUCUUGGACCACGUGAAGCGCUAUACAUCAAGUGUGAUAAUAUACUCUACGUAUGGCCGCCGCGUUACUAGCCUCCAAGACCCCAUUCUCCAAGCGAUAUACACAGAGACUUCGAUUUUCGUAGAAGCCUUUGGAACACGGUUUAUGGUCGAUAAGUACCCUAUUCUGGAGAAGUUACCGCGGAAAUUGCAGUGGUGGCGGGCUAAAUACGAGUCUGUCCAUCAAAAAGAAGUUUAG